AUGGAAGAAAGAAAUUACAGGAUCAGAGAUGGGAUACUCUUCAGAGUACCAGUUGAAUCUAAUUCUCGAAUUUCUCCAGAAUUAUCAAAGAGAAGCCGCCCGAAGCCUUAUCGAAAAAGUACAGAGAUCCCAGAAGAUUAUGAUAAAGAAUCAAAAAUUCCAAUAAUUUCCAAAAUUUAGCUCAGCUUAAUUUAUUAAAGGUAGGCUACACACCAUAUUGUUAACGACAUCACUAAGAAUCUUCUAGGAUAUUUAUACACUUUGCGAUAUCUUCAGUUCAGCGUGACUAGUUUAAGAAGAUUUCGCUUGAAAAGUUGGCUCAAAUAUCACCUUGCUCCUUAUUCAGUGCAUACUACUAUUGGGCUCCGAACUGUCGCUUAGCAAACCUUGCCGGAUAUAAUUAAAUAUGUGUUCGAAGCUGCAUGACCGAAGUCAUGCUCCAGCCGAGAUGCAAUAUUUAAUUAUAUGUAAAUUUCCAAAACAAAACCGAAUCAGCGACAUGUUUUUACAAAGAUAAAAGAGCCUAAGCUUAGUCCUCACCCUCCUUUAAAUAUAGAAAAUCACAUAGCCAGAAAAUAUUCACUGACACCUACUCAAGAAGGACGAGCCAAAUUCACUUCUUUAAUGCAACCACGCCAAUAUAAAGAAGUUCCACAAAAAUCCCCUAAUAAUUUAUCAGAUCUAAAUAAUGUUGCACAAGAACUCAAGCAGCUAUUUGAAGGCCUGCCUCUAUUUAAAAAUGAUCAAAAAUUAACUCCCUCCUCUCCAUGAGUGAACAAAACCAUUGGAAAAAUCUUUAUUCUAGCCAAAAACCCACCCUCAUGAUUAUAUACAAAAAGAUAUUUUAAUAAAACUAAUAUAAUGAAAUCUCAACUUAAUCUGUUAAAUUUCAAGCAGUUUGCAUUCUAAAACACAAAUUUUACAAAUUGAAUUAAUUUUUCGCUUUCCAAUUUUUUCGAUUAAAUUAUCUAUAAAUUUAAAAAGAAACCCCUCUCGAGUGAACAAAAAUUUUGCUCACUAGCGGAGAGGAAGUAAGUAAAUCAGUCAUUCAAUCAAAAAUUCCUGAUGUGUAUAGAACUAAAAGGAAAAAAACUCGUAGAGAAAACAUUUCUUUUGACUCCAAAUAUCUAGAUGCGAACAGAGCUUCUAAAAUUGCUUUAUAUGGAGGAAGAUCAAAAUCCCGCACAACAGAGAGAAAAGAUACCCCAGAAAAUGCAAAAAUUCAGCCUCAAGAACCGCCAAAAGAAGCCUCAAAUCUUCACUCGCUUCAGCAGUAUUUUUUGGAAUUUCACCAAAGAUCAAAAUUUCUAUUAAGCCAAUUGGAGCAAAAGGUUUUGGGGAAAAAAUCAGUUUAUCAGCCUUAA